CGUGCCGUGUGGAUCCAGCCAGUCUGUAGCAACACGGCGCGGCGUGGCUCGAGGGCGCCUUACUCAUUGAGAGCGCGCGUGCUGUUUGUUGGUUUUUUAAACACAUUCUCUUUUUUUUUUCUCUUGCACCGGAAUGCAUCAUUUACACGAGGAUAUAUCCGUGCUUUCUGCGAGGAAAAGGUUCAACCUGGAUUUUUCCUGUAUGUGAAAAGCAUGCCACUUCUUCUUGUUGUGAGAGGGCAUUCUCACUUCACUUGGACUCCUUGACUUCCUCAUAAUCGGAGGACUAGUCAGGUUAUUGGGAAUCUACCUUUAAAAAAUGGACAAACUCAUUCAUAUCUAAUUUAUUAGAGGGCUGAUCCAGGGAAUGGUGGAUUACACUCUCAAUAUUGCGGAGAACUUCUUGUCUUACGUUGACAUAGACCCUGCUUCACCUGUUGUGUACCAUUCGUCGGACAUGGUGUUAGACUCAAGCAGCUACCAAGUGAUGCCUUCGCCAUUUUCUGAGGACGACCUCAGUGACGCAUCGAGUCUGCGUUCCUGCUCCUCGCCAGAUUCCCAGGUCCUCAGCUCCAGCUAUGGCAGUUCGUCUAGCGCUGAGAACCAGGACAGCAUUCUCAACUUUCUGCUGUCCCAGGCUUCUUUGGGUAAUGGUACCAAUGCCGAAGUGAGCCCUGGAACCCCAACCACUUUAGCAAGUGUCCUCUGGAACUCACAAAGGGAGAAUGUAAAGGAAGAGAACUUUGACUUUCCGAUAUGGUCCUCAGCAAACAUGGAGGCAUCUGUUGAGCCCUUCCAGCCCACUCUGGAGGAAAUUGAAGAGUUCCUAGAAGAGAACAUGAGUGGAGUGGUGUCCCUUAAACAUGAACCUAGAGAGGGUGGCUCACCCUUAGGGCUGGAGCUAGAGCUUGACCUUGGGAUGGCAAUGGGAGUGGAGGCUAUGGAGGAGGCCUCACCCAUGGCGCCUGAGACAAGCACCACUGGAUCACAGCAAAAUUCCGACCAAACCGUCCCAGUGGCUGAUCUUCCAGGGAGCUCUGAAUCUGCUAAUGAGACCAAAAGCAUGCACAGUAGCCCAGGUACUUCUGGUACAAUAGCACACGCACAGGGUAUUAUAAAGAAGGAGGCACAAAGUACAUCUGUCUCCACUAAGAAUGAAACUAGCUCCAGUACCAAGAGUGAUAACAGCGGCAGCACUGGAGUACCAGUAAUUCUCCAAAUCCAACCAAUUCAGAUCAAACAGGAAAAUCAGGGAGCUAAUGUGCCAGCCACCCUUUCCCCAGCAACUCAGUCUCCAGCUGCUGCAGACAUCAAAAUUGCCCAGCUGUUGCUGAACAUCCAAGGGCAGACCUUCGCACUGGUCCCUCAGUUUCUUCCCACCGCUGGCUCCUCAGCUUCCACCUGCCUCAGUGCUUGCACUAAGUUUGUGCGGAUAGCGCCUGUGCCCAUUGCAGCGAAGCCUAUUGGUAGCGGAGGGGAUGGUGUUGCCUUGGGUGGAAUCCAAGAAGGACUCUUAGCUGGAGGAGCGCAGAAGUUCCCCAAGAAUCCAGUGGCAGAUCUUAUCAAAAUGCACAAGUGCAACUUCCCAGGCUGUGCCAAGAUGUACACCAAGAGCAGCCACCUGAAAGCGCACCUGAGAAGACAUACUGGAGAGAAGCCCUUUGUCUGUAACUGGCCUGGCUGUAGAUGGAAGUUUUCCCGCUCGGAUGAGCUUUCCCGUCACCGGCGGUCCCAUUCCGGCGUGAAACCGUACCAGUGUCCUGUGUGUGAGAAGAAGUUUGCUCGCAGUGACCACCUGUCCAAACACAUCAAAGUCCACCGCUUUCCUCGAAGCAGCCGGACAGUCCGUCCAACUGCAUGACGAGCCAACUACAAGACUCACUAAUGCACAGAGGCAGGGACUGGGAGACAGAUCUCCCUGUGUUUGUGUGUGUGUGUAUAUAUAUGCACGUGCUAUGAUUUCGUGAAGGUGUACACACAACCCCCCCAGUGUGUGUGUAUAGAUGGGAGCGAGGUGACUGAUGGAGGUAGCAGGAGAAUCAGGCCUGAGCAUUUGUUUGACUGCCUUUCACAGACCACAGUGCAUGCAUACACAGAAUCACGACACACAGUCUCCUUCGCCCUUGUAUUUAUAGUGUUUUAGGUUAAACCUUGGUGACGAAGCAUUGGCAGCGGGUCACCUCUGGUGCUACACUUUGUUUGGAUUACGAAGAGGACAGGACUGGAAUGAAUACAGAAACUGCUACUAAGGGAUCAGCCUAUCCAAAUAAGCUAUGGGGACACUUUUUUUUCUAAAUGACACUAACUUUGAGUGAAGGUUAAGAAGAGCGGAAUGACAAUAGAAACGCAAAAAAGUCCUAUCAGAGACAGUUAGAAAACUAAAAUGUGCACAGUGUUGAUUGUACAUAUUUAUAUGUAUGCCUUCAAAUCAGUGUUGCCAUUUUCUUGUUUUUCUUGUUGAGAGGUGUUUUGUAAAAAAAGAUAUUUGCAUUUUCGUCAGUAUCGGCUCUUAACGGCUCUACUGUGUUUCGAAACGUCCUUUUUGGCCUUAGUCAACCACAAAGCUCUUAUCUCAGGUGUGGCCUGGGUGCUGGAUGAGGGGCUUAAAGGACAACUUGUAAAGCAAGUUAUCACAUGAUUCAGACUGUAAUGAAAUCAGGGAGAUAUAGACCAUAAUAACAGUAAUGCACUUAAUUCAAAUUGUUUGUACGCACAUCAUUUGUACAGUCAUGUAAAAAAAAAAAAACAGCACACCCAAUGAAAACCUUUGUUUUAUGGAUAUUAGGACGAUAUUAAGAUAUAUAAAUGAGUAUAUACAGUAAUACAAGGAUCAUUAGUGCCUUUUGACCCUCAAAACAUAAAUAAAAUGACUUAAAGUUAUGAGUUUAUCAUAUUUAUAAGACUUCAGACUAUACAGACAUCAUAUUGAACCAACUUAAUAAGCUUUAAUGACAGGGUUGACAACUACAGGGUGAACAGUUUUAGCUAAAAUUGGCUUUUGGUGGAAACAUGAUUGACAUGAAUUGUUUCAUAGAUGAUAUUCUAGAAUUUUUUUUUUACUGACAGGGUGGAAAGCAUAGGGUUUACAUCAAAUUUUUAGUAAAUGAAUAUUAUUAAUUUCUGAACAUGCAGUGUGUAUCUUCAGUCCCUUAAAAAUAAAAAAGUAUGACAGUUGUUAUAGCUCCAUUAAAAAGUUAUUUAUCAUAAAUUGUUUUUCACGUGAGGAGAAAAGAUAUGCUAAGAACACAUGCCCAGGUUUUUAAAUGUGUUUAAAAAGACAAAAGUUUUCAUGGCAUGCCUAAUUUUUUUCAUGACUGUACUGUAUAAAAAUAUAAUACAAAGUAUAGUACAUUAAAUCAGCACAAGUAUUGGCAAAAAUUAAAGAAAUCGAAAGACAAUCUGUGAUUUUUAUAUGUGUAUUACUUGUCGUGAAAGAUGCAGCCUACAUCUGCAGCUGCUAUGUGAGGAACGAUGGCACUUAAAUAAACUUGAUGAGUAAGACUCAGCUCACUCGACAUUAGUAAAUAUACUGGAGCCUUUGGCCCGAGAGCCGGAAAUCUCUUUCUUUUAUCAUUUCUGUGAAAAAAAUCUGCCUCAGUACUCCGACCUGUUACUGGAUUCCCUGCGUAUCAUUGUGCCACAGUGGCCUGUCAUUGUGUACACUACACCCCCACCCCCAACCCCCUUCUCACACAAACACAAUCAUGCCCUUCCCAGUGUUUCUGUACCUUUUUAAUUAUGGUUAUGUUACAAUGUGAACACUAUGUACUGUAACAAGCCAAAUAUUACACUUCAGCACUUGUCUGGGAUUGUUCAUGUUCAUGCUGGUUAGGAAGGUUGGCGAGGUGCUUGAGGGCAAAACAGUGCUGAGUACUGAAGCUGCAUGUGUAAGUCGAGUUUAUUAUUAUUCUAAGCACUUCUGAAUCAUCUAAUAGAGUAUGGGGGAAUACUUUCUUCCUUGUGUCACUUGUAUGUUAUCUGUCUGACCAAGGGCACACUAUACUGUACAUACAUUUUGGCAUUCCUUCCAUUCACAGACUGAUUUGUAUAAAUGCUUGUUGAUACACGGGUGUUUUAGGCCACAUCCUAUGAAUGUAUGUAAAUAAAAGGGACAUGUACAUAGCUGCAUCCGUACAAGAACGAAAGAAAAUGAAAGAAGAAGGAAGAAAGAAAAUUGGAUAGCUAAAAAUUGGCAAUCAUACUACAAGACUGUUUAUGGUUGUAAUUUUACUGUGUAAUCCUAAAUGUGUAUAUAGUAAUGUUUCAGUAUAAAUAUAUAAAUAUAUAUAUUUUUCCCCCUUGUACACAAAACCCAUUUACAAAUAAAACAUUGAAAUGUAAAUAAGUGCUUGUUUCAUGAUUGCUGUGGGGUUUAAGUUGAAAAAAUAUAAAGACAAGGUGAAUAAAAUACUAUUAUGUGUUAAGAAAA